AUGACUUUUGACUAUUUAAUUAUAUUAGUUUUCGUGACUGUGAUACUGUUUUUUGAAAAUAUUGUGGAGAUUCCCCAAACUACAGAUCCAAUAUUAGAGGUUACCUUUGGUGCAGCAGUCAAUGGGAUGGGACAUGCAAUUGUUUAUCCGGUUCUUCAGUCAAUUAUCGCGUACAGCUUUAAGGAUAGUGCAAGAGGCUUAGGUUUUGGUUUAUGGAAUCUCAUUGGUACGGUCGGAGGUAUAGGUGGAACCGUCGUGUCAACGGUCAUGGCUGGUCAUGUUAUUUACGGAGUCUCAGGCUGGCGCUGUGCCUAUCUAUUGAGUGCAACGCUAAGUACGAUGAUAGGGUUUCUUAUGUUCUUCUUUGUCACUGACCCGAGGGAGAAGAAAACAAGAAGCUACGUUGUUCCUAACCAUGAACGUCAUGCGGCUUUUGUAGAGAUGAAAACGAUGCUGAUUCUGCAAAGGUGGAGAGUUCGAGCUCGGUUUGGAUGGAAUCUUGGGUUGGGUGGCCAUAAAAGACGUAACCAAAUUACGAACAUUUCAGAUAAUCGUGUUACAAGGAAUCAUAGGUUCGGUGCCAUGGAAUACAAUGGUUUUCUGGACAAUGUGGUUCGAACUCAUUGGUAUUUUAGACCAUUAUGA